AGCAUUGGUUCAUUCGGAGAGUGCCUUUGACGCUGCCCUUCCUUUAUGUUGCUUGAACAAUAAACCUUCUAAGGAUAAAGCACUUUGUUCGAACACUCCUUAUAUAUCAAUAAAUAUUACUCCCUACCUCUUCACACAGAUUCACACAUAGCCUGUAUAUUCCUUUCUAUCGUGAUCAUUCAAGUUCAGAAUGCACGUACUAUCCACCCUCACCCAGGCUCUGAGCCUCUUUGCUCCCCUCGCCGCAGCCGCAUACACACUACAAGAUGACUACGGCACGGACUCAGCGUUCUUCGACAAAUUCAGCUUCUUCACAGGCGGUGAUCCCACCCACGGCUUUGUCAAGUACGUCGACAGAGGUGCAGCCCAAAGCGCAGGCCUAAUCAACGCCGACGGAUCCAUCUACAUGGGCGUAGACUACAAAAAUGCCGCGCCAGACGGCCGCCAAAGCGUCCGAAUCAGCAGCAACAAAGUCUACAACCACGGUCUUUUCAUCCUAGAUCUAGCCCACAUGCCCGGCAGUAUCUGUGGAGCCUGGCCAGCAUACUGGCUCCUCGGUCCCAACUGGCCCAACAACGGCGAAAUCGACGUCAUAGAAGGCGUGAACGAGCAAACUAACAACCAAUAUGCCCUGCACACCAGCGACAGCUGCACAAUCAACAAUUCAGGGUUCUCGGGCUCCCUCCUCACAAGUAACUGCUACAUCAAUGCCCCCGGCCAAGCCAGCAACGCAGGCUGCGGUAUCAAAGAUAACUCGGCCCAGUCGUACGGGAACGGGUUUAACAGUGCCGGCGGCGGCGUGUAUGCAACUGAAUGGACUGGCGAGGCUAUCAGUGUUUGGUUCUUCCCGCGUUCGAGCAUCCCCGCUGAUAUUGGUAGUGGACAUCCAAAUCCGAGUGGUUGGGGGACGCCGUCGGCGAGGUUUGCCGGGGCUUGCAACAUUGAUUCGCAUUUUAAGGAUUUGCAAAUUAUCUUCGAUACGACCUUUUGCGGGGACUGGGCUGGUAGUGUUUGGGGGUCGAGUAGCUGUGCCGCGAAGGGGUCUUGCAAUAAUUGGGUGGCGAAUAACCCUGCUGCAUUCAAGGAUGCCUUUUGGCGUAUUAACUCGCUGAAGGUUUAUCAGGGAGGGGCUGCGAGCGUUGAGAGCAAUGUGACUGAGUGGAAGAUGGAUGUAGGUAUCGGCAGACGUUCAUUUAUCAGACAGCGGAGAGAGAACUGGGCAAAUUGACCUUGUAUGCUUGACGACGAUGUAAAUAUCCCUGGUGGGAUUUGAUAUACCCUGCGUUUUGUAUGGAUGGACUUACACUCUCGUUUAUGGAUGUACAUAGGGAUUUGAUGGC